AGUUGCUGGAUUGUUGUCUAUGGCGUUUUUUCUACAAAACACAGUCAAGAUGACAGCCAUUCAGAUUCCCACAAGACCAAAGUGGUUAAAAAGCACUUUGCCUUAUGACCAUAGACUUGUUCUAAAAGAGGACAAGCCAAAAAAGGUGACCCCAUCAGUUUAUACCCAGGAGAUGUUACAGUCUACAGAGGAGCGCCUGGCUAACACCACUGAGAUGCACCCACCUCGCAUUCUGGAGCUGCUUGACAUGAGCAACACUACGCCUCACAAAAUGUCCAUCGUAGCUGUGGACCAAGCACUGUUCCAGCCCUACCCAUCAGAGCUGGUUUUCCAGAACUUCACUCCAGGACAGACCUACAAGUUACCGCUACUCCUCUUCAACAAUGACAAGGUUUCACGACAAGUGAAGCUCAAGUUCCAAGACACAGAGUAUUUCCAGGUGGUCGGUCCAGACGAGGCGGGAAGCAAGGUUGCACCAGGAAUCUCUGCUACUUUCACUGUGUUCUUCACCCCGCAAGAGAGCAAGGACUACCACCACAGACUGGUUUGUGUGACAGAGAGGGAGCGGUUUGAGGUCCCAGUCCGUGCUAUCGGACCACGUGCCAUUCUUGACUUUCGAGAUGAGCUCUAUUUACCCCUUUGUGCAGUGAAAGCUUCUACACAGAAGACUCAUCUAGUGCGCAAUAUAGGAAACAGUAAGGCCAAGUUCAAGCUACAAACACAGAGGCCUUUCUCAGUGAUGCCCUCAUCUGGGACUCUUGAUGUAGGUGAGAGCAUGCAGGUGACUGUGGAUUUCCACCCCAUGAGUAUAGGAGACCACAGUCAGGACUUGGUGCUGCACUACCACACUGGGGAAGAUGUGUACAUCAGUUUGUAUGGGGCUUGUGAGGAGCUGAACAUCCAUCUUAAGCCUGAUUCUGUACUGCUGAAGAAGACUUACAUUUCCCUGGCCAAUGUGCACACAGUGUCCCUCACCAACAGGAGUGAGAUCCCUCUUCAGUUUUGUUGGUCAGCAUGGUCCAGCCAGGAAGAUGAAGACCUGAACUUAUCAAGGGAGAGUUCAGCGCUCCAGCAGAAGGAGGAAAAGGAACAUUUGCCUUUUCAGGCCCUCUCACACAGCUGCAUAACUGUGGAACCAGUGGAAGGUGAAAUAUGGCCCAACACCACAGCACACUUCAACAUUCUCUUCAAACCUGAGCAGGCCAAGCUUUACCAACAAAUCAUAUACUGUGAUGUCACAGGCCGUGAAUCUCGCUUACCUCUCACAGUCAAGGGUGAGGGCUUGGGCCCUAAACUGCAGCUCAAAUAUAAUCUGAUGGACAUGAAAAAUGUAUUUAUUGGUGACAAAAACUGUUAUGAGGUGCUGGUGUCCAACAAAGGACUCAUUGAUGCUCCUUUCAGGCUGUCAAGACCCGACACUGCUUUUGGCCGCUGUUUCUCCUUCAGUCCUGAGGAAGGUGUUGUUCCUGUUGGGGCCUCCCAGAUUGUUGAAAUUACUUUCCACAGUUACAUCUUGGGGACAUUCUCUGAAGACUUGCUGCUAACUGUCACAGCACAGCCACAACCACUUACCUUGACCUUCAGAGGUUGUGUCAUUGGUCCUACAUUCCACUUCAAUGUUUCAGAGCUCAACUUUGGCGAUGUAGCGUUUGGCUUCCCAUUAACAUCAAUUUGUACCCUCUUCAACACCUCCCUGGUGCCAGUAACCUUUGCCCUACGUGUUCUGGGAGAUGGGUUGGGGUGUCCCAGUGUUACCAGUGCCCAACAGGUGUCUGAGUUGUCCAGAAACAAUUGGCAAGGCAGUGUUGCUCGAGAUCUUCAUGUGCGGCCUGUGGAGUUCACCGUCAGUCCUCCUGCAGGUUCUGUGCGUGCCAUGUCAGAUGUCACCAUUAAGGUAACCCUGUGCUCCAACACAGUCGGGCGAUACAGACUGGCUCUGGUGGUGGAUGUUGAGGGUGUUGGGGAGGAGAUCAUGACUCUGCCUGUCAUUGCUAGGUGUGUUGUUCCUAAGAUUGUGGUGGAGACUCCAGUGUUGGACUUUCAAAGGUGUUUCCUUGAUUACACUUAUCAACAGAAAGUGCAGCUAACCAACCCCAGUACUCUGCCUGUCUGCUAUGGCUUGCUUGACCAGGAAUACGAGGAGAGCCCAUCUCUGCUUUAUGGUAGUUCCGUACCCAGAGGAGUGAUUCUUCCUCACAGUUCAGAGGAGCUACCUGUGUACCUGUUGGCUAAAGUCGUUGGAAGGCUGCAUCACAUUCUACGCAUUGCUGUGUUUGGUAGCGUUCAGCCACCCCUGGAGGUGCUCUUAUCAUGUAUUGGGCAGGGUCCAGUGGUUCAUGUUCAGAGCUCAAAGAUGGACUUUGGCAGAAUCCCGGUUCUGACUGACAUCACUAGAACCCUGCAGCUGUCAAACCAGUCACCAAUUCCAGCCCACUUUACUGCUCGCAUGAGCCAUGGAAAGUCAUUUUGGCAUGUUGAACCCAGUGAAGGGAAAGUGCCACCAAAGAGCCAGUUCGAGCUUAGGGUUGUGGCACACCUGAAGGACUCUCUCCACUUCCAGGACAGGCUAGAAGUGUCUAUCCAGGACAGUCUAUCACACACUGUUCCUCUGUCCGCUACAGGCACUGGCACUACAAUUGUCAGUGACAAGCCUUUUGCCCCCAGCCUUGACUUAGGAACAUACUUCAGCCAUGAGUCAUGCCAGUACCACUUCAAGCUAACCAACUAUGGUCAACGGAUACACCGGAUGUACUGGGGGAUUGAUGGCUUUCUGGCCUCCUCAAAAACCCACAAGGGGGACAGCUUGCCUGGCCAAAACUUCCUGCCUUCCAUCUCCGCUCACAGGAGGAAAGAGUCUCUGGGCCGUAAAGCUUUCCUCUCUAGCAGAGAGAAGUCGGUGUUCAGCCUCAGCCCUUCUCGAGUGGAGCUUUUCCCAGGCUGCUCUGCUGACAUGGUGCUGACGGCAUCUUCAGACUCCCCUGAGGUUGUACAGGAGCGUCUGGUGUGCCAUGGCAUUGUGGGUCAUGAGCACAAGCACAUCAUGUCUGUAGAUGUCACCUGUCGUUUUAUAGCUCCAGUGCUCAGCAUUUCCUCCAAACGCCUGAACUUUUACAUAGAGAAGGUCCCAGGAAACAGUCUGAUGCCCCUGUAUGAGAAGCUGGUUUUGGAGAAUGUGUCACCUCUGUCUCUAUCCAUAGAGCUUUCUCUUGCAGAGCCAUUCUCUCUGUGUGAAGGCCCAGUAGACCAUAGCUCAGCUACUACUAAGUCCAUAUUCUUAGGUGAUCGCAGACAAGCUGAGGUGUGGGUGUGCUUUAAUCCAGAUUAUUGUCAGGACCGGAUAUCACGAAUCAUGGAUGAGUUCCUUGUGAUACACUACCAGGGACAUCCACAACAAGAUGUGGUAGAGUUGCACGCUGAGGUCCACUUCCCCAAUCUCCAUUUCUCCUCCACUACAGUGGAUUUUGGCUGUGUGCUCAACUGCACAGAAACUCAGAGAGUGAUCACAAUCACUAACUGCUCCCUGCUGCCUGUAAACUACCAUUGGGCUUUCCUGGAGGACAAUAAACACUGGAUCAUCAGAGAGACAGAGAUGCCAGAAAAAGAGAAGGAGCAGAAAAUUCCAGGAAAGGAGACAGAAGAAGGAAGGAGUUCUCCUGCCCUUUCAAGCCCUCUCAGCACCAGGCCAGGAUCUGUGAGUGUAGAAGAGGUAAGCAAAUGCUCCCAUGUAAACUAA